AUGUACAUCUGUGAAUUCUUACCUCGAUUGAAUUCAAUAUCGGUUAAUGUUGAGUUCAAUGGGGAAGUUAGUGAUAUAACCAAAGUAAACAUAACGGGUGGUGUUCUAAGUAUCAUUGGUAAAGAAAAGUAUGAGAUAAUACUACCCAUAGAGGGAGAUUUUGAAUUAAGUCUGAUCAGAAAGUCUUCUCAGUUACUUAAUCUUUCACUAAAGAAUCAAUCAUCAACCAUUAAAACUGAUAAUUUCAUGUUGACAGACCUACAAUGGUCAUGUAAGGACCUACUUAAGACUCCCAAGAUUGAUAAUAAGAACUGUUUCAAGUUUAUUUGUAAGCAAUGUGAAGAAGUGAUAGUGGAUUCCGAUAAUAGAUUUAAUGAUAUGCCUAGUGAAUUAUGGGCGGAAUUAAUGGAUCUUUGGCAUUGUCAUAAACCACAUAAUCAUGACAAGCAUUCCAAAAAUUAUAACGGUAAUCUAGUUCCUCGUGAUAACCAGGUUAUCAUAGGAAGCUAUUAUUUACUUGCAAAUGUUCCAAAUGUGUGCAAGUGUGGUCUUACUCUAGGAGAGAUAGAAGCAUCACAUAGCAAAUUAAUGAAAUGGAACCUUAAAUUAGUUUACAAUGAUACCGUGGAAGAUUAUCCACAAUAUUACUAUAUCUAUAACAAAAUCUUGGAUAAGAUAAAUUUAUCAGCUGUAAGAAAAGUAGUUAUUGGAAAAUACCUUGUUUGGAUAUUUAACUUAGGGAUAGAUAUCAGUGUUGAACAACAAAUACUAUCAAAGAGUUUAAAAAUUUGCUACAGUGAAUACCAAGACAAACCCAUAGAUGAAGAAAUCAUUCUCAAUGAUGAAAUGUUGGAAGUCUUUUAUAAAGAGAUCAAUAGAGUUCAUGAGAAAUUACCUGUAAAUAUUAAUUCAAUGCUAUUAAAGGAGGAUGAUAGACCUGUGAUGUAUAAAAUAUCGUAUUUAGGUUUACAAUAA